GUCUUCAGAGCAGCCCUACGCAAGUGGUUGGUCAUGGCUUUGAACCAUUCCUGCAUGCGCCAUGCGGCGAAGAAUUUCCGCCAUCACCGCCGCUCCUCUUCCCUGCGUCUCCAUUGUCUCCACUGGGCCGCCCUCAGCCGCGAGAGCCUCGAGGCCGGGUCCAGACUCGUGGUGGGCCGUUGGCUGAGACGUUGGCGACUGGGGGUAGCGAGACGCCGUCGUAGUCGUGAGCGGUCUCGAUUGGCAGUCGUACAGCGCAGCUCGACCCUGGCCAAAUUCGCCCUGGCCGGCUGGCGUGUCCACGUUAGAGAGACCGAGCAGAUCGGCAGGGUCCUCAGGAUAGCGUUUGACGAGCGACGUGAAAUCCGCGAAAACUCGAGCAAAUUGGCCGCCCACUUCCGCUCGUGGGCGGAGCUCACAGAGCUUGUCCAUCGACGGCGGGGGACUUUCCGUACGUUGCGAGUCCAACGGGACCUCGACGUGGCCCUGAAGGUCUUCGGGGCUUGGGCUGACUGCAGCCUCACUGAUCGUAGACGGGCGGACUUAUUGAGACGUCGGCGAGGCGUCAGAAG